GCAGUAGUUGCUUUUUCCUUUUUGUGUGCGUCUGUUAAUGAGACCAGAAAGUAAAGUAAUUGGGAAGUUGGGAAAUAUCAAACUUUUUUAUUACAUUGGAUUUGUAAUAUUUUACAAUGGCGCACAUGUCACAUAUGCUACCACAAGCGUCAACAACGCCAGUCGUUUCAACUGGCAGCUCGUCUCGUACAAUGUCGCUAAUGGAGAAACAAAAAUAUAUCGAGGAUUAUGAUUUCCCUUACUGCGAUGAAAGCAGUAAAUACGAGAAAGUGGCAAAAAUCGGGCAGGGUACAUUCGGCGAGGUUUUCAAAGCACGUGAAAAAAAGAGUAACAAAAAAUUUGUUGCCAUGAAAAAGGUGCUUAUGGACAAUGAAAAGGAAGGCUUUCCCAUCACGGCUCUGCGUGAGAUUCGCAUCUUGCAACUGCUAAAGCACGAGAAUGUGGUCAAUCUCAUAGAGAUAUGCCGCACCAAGGCUACAGUGCACAACGGAUAUAGAUCGACUUUCUAUUUGGUCUUUGAUUUCUGUGAGCACGAUUUAGCUGGUCUGCUGUCCAAUAUGAAUGUUAAAUUCAGUUUGGGAGAAAUUAAGAAAGUGAUGCAGCAGCUGCUCAAUGGACUCUACUAUAUACAUAGUAAUAAGAUUCUACACCGUGACAUGAAAGCUGCCAAUGUGCUGAUCACAAAACAUGGCAUUUUGAAACUGGCCGAUUUUGGUUUGGCCCGUGCAUUUAGCAUUCCUAAGAACGAUUGCAAAAAUCGUUAUACAAAUCGUGUUGUUACCCUGUGGUAUCGUCCGCCGGAAUUGUUGCUCGGUGACCGCAACUAUGGUCCGCCUGUAGAUAUGUGGGGAGCGGGCUGCAUUAUGGCUGAGAUGUGGACUCGUUCGCCCAUUAUGCAGGGCAACACAGAGCAGCAGCAGCUUACCUUUAUAUCACAGCUGUGUGGUUCCUUUACCCCAGACGUUUGGCCGGGUGUCGAGGAGCUCGAGCUGUACAAAUCGAUUGAGCUUCCAAAGAAUCAAAAACGUCGUGUCAAAGAGCGCCUGCGUCCGUAUGUCAAGGAUCCCACUGGUUGCGAUUUGCUAGACAAACUGUUGACUCUGGAUCCAAAGAAACGCAUCGAUGCGGACACAGCACUGAACCACGACUUCUUCUGGAACGAUCCGAUGCCUAGUGAUCUGAGCAAAAUGUUGUCGCAGCAUUUGCAAAGCAUGUUCGAAUACCUGGCGCAGCCGCGUCGCAGCAAUCAAAUGCGCAAUUAUCAUCAGCAGCUGACCACAAUGAAUCAGAAGCCACAGGAUAAUAGCAUGAUCGAUAGAGUCUGGUAGAUUGUAAGCCCUACAUUAAGUUUAGAUAUUAACGUAUACAAUUGUAAUUGCUGCAUAUGCAGCGAUUUGAGGAAUUUCAGAUUCAAAUGUUUAUCAACAAAAAAAUAAAAAAUAUAUACUGUUAGUGCGCAAAACAAGCAGAAGGCUUGAAUGGCAAACAUUUCCAUACAAAACCUAAAA